AAGAGACUUUCGUUGGAGCCGCUGAUAACGUAGGAGAACCCGUGACUAAAGGUGAAAUCUCAAGAUUUUUGAUUCAUUUGAAGACCGCCUGACAUCAUCUCCUACAUCCAAAGCGUCGUUGACCUGCAUAAUAAACUAUUUAUCGUCACCUCAGCAGUAUUGCCCCUUUAGAUGCAGCUCAGUCUCCGUUUUUGCCAAUGGCUUGCUGUCUGAAGGACGAGCUCCUCUGUUCCAUCUGCCUGAGCAUCUACCAAGACCCCGUCAGCUUUGGUUGUGAGCACUACUUCUGCCGAAAGUGCAUUACUGAGCAUUGGAGCAGACAGGACCCUCACGGAACACGGGACUGUCCCGAGUGCCGGAGGACCUUUACUGACCCUCUCCUCUCCCCAAGUCUGAAGUUGUCCAACAUUGUGGAGCGUUACUCGGCCUUUCCCCUGGACGCCAUCCUUAACGCUCAAAGGAGCUCAUAUCCCUGCAAGGACCACGAGAAGGUCAAGCUGUUCUGCCUCACUGACAAAAGCCUGGUGUGCUUCUUCUGUGACGAACCGGCACUCCACGAGCAGCACCAAGUGACCACUAUCGACGAGGCUUACGAGGAGAUACAGAGGGAGAUGAAGGAGCAGCUGGCCACCCUGCAGGACAGUGAGAAGGGUCACACCGAGGCCCUGCAGCUCCUGCAGAGGCAGCUCACAGAGACUAAGUCCUCAGCAAAGAGUCUGCGUGCAACAAUUGGUGAUGCAUUCGAGCGUCUUCAUCGCUUCCUCCGUGAGCGUCAGAAGACCAUGCUGGAAGAGUUGGAGAUGGACACGGCCCGCAAGCUGGCCGACAUCGAGCACAAGAUACAGCGGUACAGCCAGCAGCUGCGCGAUGUCAAAGAAGGCAUCCAAAUCCUGCAAGACCGCCUCAAUGAGACGGGACGGCAUGACUUCCUAGAGGGAGUGGCCAUCACGUCUGAAAGGAUUAAAGGGAAGAUCCAUGAGACCAAUCUGACGUAUGAAGAUUUCCCAACAUCGAAGUACAUGGGGCCAUUACAGUACACAAUAUGGAAGUCACUCUUCCAGGAUAUUUCACCAGUACCAGCAGCGCUGACCCUUGACCCCAUGACAGCACACCAAAGACUUAUCCUCUCAGAUGACUGCACCAUCGUGGCCUAUGGGAAUCUCCACCCCCAGCCCCUGCAGGACUCCCUGCGUCGCUUUGAUGUGGAGGUGUCCGUUCUGGGUGCGGAGGGCUUUGCGUCAGGUGUCCAUUACUGGGAGGUAAUGGUGUCAGAGAAAACCCAGUGGAUGAUCGGUGUGGCCAGUGAGACAGUCAGCCAUAAAGGCAGCAUCCAGAUCCAGCCCAGUCGCGGCUUCUACUGCAUUGUUAUGCAUGACGGAAACCAGUACAGCGCUUGCACCGAGCCCUGGACCCGCCUCAAUGUCAAAAGUAAGCUGGAGAAGGUGGGAGUGUACCUGGACUACCCCAAAGGCCUGCUUAUCUUCUACAAUGCGGACGACAUGUCCUGGCUCUACACCUACCGUGAGAAAUUCCCAGCUAAAGUCUUCCCCUACUUCAGUCCUGGCCAGAGCCACGCCAAUGGCAAGAACGUGCAGCCGUUGCGAAUCAAUACUGUACGUCUUUAAGAGCUACGCCAAGGACUUUGGAGGCGUCUCAGUAUGAAAUCACUCAAAAUGUUUAUUAAGGUGUUUGAAAUGUUGAUUUCUUUCAGUUCCGUGAAUCGUGAUUGAUGUUGCUCUUAAGAUCUGCCGUGUUACUUUUUGUGACUUGAAAUGAUCGUACAAUAACGGCCUGCACUUGAGCCUCAUACCGUAUAGUUUGAUGAGAAGAUGACACCUAUGAAGACACUGGGCUCCAGUGGGUCAUCAACUCUGGCAGUAGCACCCUCACACUCCUUAG